GAGAAAAGAAAAAUAUAAAUUCAAGAAAAAAGAAAUGGCAAAGUCUAGAGCAAAUGGCAAGAAAAAGAAUGGAAUUGUAAAGCUUAAGAUAGCAGUAGAAAAGCUACAAAAAGGUCUAUUCUCAAUCAAGAAGUCUCCCUCGGAACAAGUCGAUAGUUACGAAGAAAACGCUGCGUCUUUAAACGUGCCAGCCGAUGUUAAGGAAGGACAUUUUGCAGUGAUUGCAGUGGAUGAUAAUGAACUCAAAAGAUUCAUAAUUCCACUUAGUUUCUUAACACAUCCAUCAUUCUUGAGACUUUUAGAACAAGCUGCUGAAGAAUAUGGCUUUGAUCAUCAGGGUGCAUUGACAAUUCCUUGCAGACCAAGCAAGCUUGAGCAAAUAUUGGCUGAGCAAUGGGUGGAGGAAAGGGUUUCUAGGGUUGGUACUGUUGAUUGGGGUUCAUGUAGCAAGAUUAUGGUGAAAAGCUUCUAAAAGUAGCACCAAGUUGUUCCCUGGUAAUUAAAUUCACGACAUAAAAAAUGUCCCGUCCCUAGAGAGAUUCUUUGUUCAAUUCUCUUAAUUAUUAUAUAAGCAUUUUGUUUAAUGAUUUUUAGUUUUGUUGUUUGAGUUGAAGAUGAUGAAACUUAUGUCAUUAGGGUUUUCCUCCUCUCGAGGAAAUGGGGAUGUAAUGUAUGCAUUAAAUUACAAUUAAUCAAGUGGUUCAAUAUCAUCUAAAUUGGUGACAAUAAUCAUUAA